GGCGCGCGCUCGCCAGAGUCCAGGCAGCCGCGCCGGCGCUGGGCGAGCGCCCGAGGCCUGGGCGAGCCCGCGGCCCCUGCGGCGCUCGGCGCUGCGCUUUCCCCCGGCGGUUCCGAACUGCGGCGGCUGGUAGCGGCUGCACCUGGGCUGUGGCGGGAGGGAAGAUGCCACAGCCCGAGUCCCAGGAGGCCGGAAUCCUGCGUUGCCGGCGCCGCGGUUCAAAGUCCACCGAUGUCACUGCACACUGGAGACUUCAUUCCUUGUUCGUACUCGGUUGCCUCGCGGUAUCACGAUUUGCUUCUCCAUUUAUCUGUUGGCGGGCACGGGUUGUGUCCACCUUUUGGCUCCUAUGAAUAAUGCUGUGAAUAUAUGUUUACAGAUUCACCAGAGGAUCUUUCUGGGAUCUUUGCCUUCACCUUAAGGACCUGGUGCGGUUCCUGGAGGUAAAGCCUACAGAAGUGUGCCAGCCCCCAGAACCUCAUUCCUGGAGUUUGUAACUCAUGCUCGUUCUCACCCAGCUCCAGCCCAAGUUUAUGGCUCCAGCAGCUUUUGCUCCAGGAAACUGAAAAUGGCCCUUCAGCUAUGCUAGGUCUAUGAUGGGAAGCAUCACAGUUCGAUAUUUCUGUUAUGGAUGCCUUUUUACAUCUGCGACCUGGACGGUUUUGCUUUUUGUUUAUUUCAACUUCAGUGAAGUGACUCAGCCACUUAGGAAUGUGCCCAUCAAGGGGUCUGGGCCCCAUGGGCCUUUCCCCAAAAAAUUCUAUCCCCGUUUUACCCGAGGUCCAAAUCGAAUAUUAGAAUUACAGUUCCAAGCAAACAAGAUUCAUGAUGUGGUAGAUAAUCAUAUUGAAGAUGCAGAAAAAGGCAACAUGAAAUUCUCUUCUGAAUUGGGUAUGAUUUUUAAUGAACGUGACCAGGAAUUGAGAGACUUGGGGUAUCAGAAGCAUGCCUUCAAUCUUCUUAUUAGCAACCGUUUGGGCUACCACAGAGAUGUGCCAGAUACAAGGAAUGCAGCCUGUAAAGACAAGGCAUACCCUACAGAUCUGCCAGUCGCUAGUGUUGUUAUUUGUUUCUACAAUGAAGCCUUGUCUGCCUUGCUGCGUACUGUGCACAGUGUCCUGGACCGCACCCCAGCCCGGCUUCUCCAUGAAAUCAUCUUGGUGGAUGACAGCAGUGACUUCGAUGAUUUGAAAGGAGAAUUAGAUGAAUUUGUCCAAAAACACCUCACUGGGAAGAUUAAGUUAAUAAGAAAUACAAAACGUGAGGGAUUAAUUCGGGGAAGAAUGAUAGGAGCAGCUCAUGCAACAGGGGAGGUCCUGGUGUUCCUGGACAGCCACUGCGAGGUGAACGUCAUGUGGCUGCAGCCCCUGCUGGCCGCCAUCCGGGAGGACCGGCGGACGGUCGUGUGCCCGGUGAUCGACAUCAUCAGUGCGGACACGCUGGCCUACAGCUCGUCCCCUGUGGUGCGUGGAGGCUUCAACUGGGGCCUGCACUUCAAAUGGGACCUGGUUCCCCGUUCCGAGCUCGGAGGGCCAGAAGGAGCUGCUGCGCCGAUAAAGUCACCUACAAUGGCUGGAGGACUGUUUGCCAUGAAUAGAAGCUACUUCAGUGAACUCGGGCAAUAUGACAGUGGCAUGGAUAUCUGGGGAGGAGAAAACUUGGAAAUAUCAUUUCGGAUCUGGAUGUGUGGGGGUAAGCUCUUCAUCAUCCCUUGCUCCAGAGUCGGACACAUUUUCCGGAAAAGACGACCCUAUGGUUCCCCCGAAGGCCAGGACACCAUGACACACAACUCCUUGAGGCUGGCACACGUUUGGUUGGAUGAAUAUAAGCUUUAUCACCUCCAGACUGGCAAGUGUCUGGUGGCCCAGAGCCGCCCCAGUCAGAAGGGAGGCCUAGUGGUGCUGAAGGCCUGUGACUACAGGGACCCAAACCAGAUCUGGAUUUAUAAUGAAGAGCACGAAUUGGUUUUAAGCAAUCUCCUUUGCCUGGAUAUGUCAGAAACUCGAUCAUCUGACCCACCCCGACUCAUGAAGUGCCAUGGGUCGGGAGGAUCCCAGCAGUGGACCUUCGGGAAGAAUAAUCGGCUGUACCAGGUGUCAGUGGGACAGUGCCUGAAAGCGGUGGAUCCGCUGAGUCACAAAGGCUAUGUUGCUAUGGCGAUCUGUGACGGCUCCGCCUCUCAGCAGUGGCAUCUGGAAGGCUGAGUGGCUGCGGUGGCUGAGGGGAAGCUUGUUCCGGGAAGGUCAGCAGAGGUGAAACAGCAGAAAACACUCUACAUCUAUAUCGGAGCCCCCAGGACCAUCAGCGGUGAAGUAUGUGACGUUGAGGUCAUUUCUUGGCCACUGUUAAGGAAUUUCUUAAUGGAAGGAAAUCUGAAUACAGUUUCAAGGAAAUCUGAAUACAGUUUCAAUAUAAAGAGUCAGGUUUAUACAGAGGAUUAUACCCUGGAAAGUGCUAGGUCUAUUCAAAUUAGUUUAUGCUUCUUUUUAAUCCCUUUUAAUGGAAUAGAGUGUCGUUAUUUCCUUUCUUAGAAGACUUCCAAUCAGACUAGUUAACUUUAAACAAACUGACUGGAUCCACACGUUGUUUAUAAGAUCAUAUUUAAGAGGCGAUUAACUACUGUAAAUUAUUUUGAUGAAUUAUGGUACUAUAGACAUUUAAAAUAAAGAAUCCGUUUAAUUAUUUACCUUUUUGUAGUGGAGCCUCGGGUCUGCGCUGUGUCUGUGAUACAUGGUAAGAAUAAACGUGGAUUCAGCUG